GUGCUGUGGGCACACUGCAAAAAAUACAAUAUUUGUCGUAGGAGUUGUUGGGAUUUAUUUAGAUUUGUUCAGUUUUUAAAACAUGUCACUUGGCAAUGCCGAUCCUUGGCACUUAAAUACCACAUUAGUUAAGCAAGGAAGCCCAGGGUCCACGGAUAAGAGUGAACGUUUUGAGGACAACUUCACGCCCCCACCCACUGUAAAAGAGAGCAGCGAGAAAAAGGACGCGAAAACUGGUGAAGGACAUGAACCUCUGCCAGAUUCAAGCGACUAUCUGAAGUUACUAGAACGGAAGCUGGCACGGGUGCAAAAGGGUAACAAAUUGUUGGACAACCUGCGCGACAAGCGGCAGGAUUGCAUGCGGGGAUUACUCUCCUCCGAGGGAGUUCCCAUUUCCAUAUUUGAGCAGUUCCUGGAACUAGACGCUCCCAUAGAAAGCGGUCGACUUCAUCGACAUCUGCUUCCUGUCCAGGCCGUCAACGUUGGGGAAACCGUAUACAUAGUGAAUCACGACGCACUCGAACAGUCAGCGGAAGCAGAAGCAGAGGAACACCAGCCCCCGGUUGAGCACUAA